AUGCGUCUGCGCCGGGCUGGCGAGCCCCUUGGCCAACAGCUGAGCGCCGGGUCCGCGCCCUCAUCGCCCGACGCCUUCGCGUCUUUUCCUGCUCCGGGCCGCCUCCAGGCCGCCGCCAAAGCGCCGACUCGACGACAUCCGACGUCCAAGACCUUCCGCUUGCCAGCCUCCCUCACCCUCUUCGUCGCUCUUCUCCUCGUCCUCGCCACUCCUCCUGCCGCCGCCGUCCGCAUCCCCGUCACAAACUGCCUGCCCGACUCGUACCAGUCCAACACGCCGGCUCCGCUGCAAUGGCAGCCUCUGCACGCCGACGCAAAGUUCGACACCCAGAGCGGCAGCCACAACCUCCAGCUGAUCGUAUGGGGCAACGUCACGGGCUCGCAGAACCAGGACGCCCUUCCGCCUCCCGAUGAUUCGUACUGGACGAACCCGAACAAGACAAACGGCAAGAUCAUCGAGACCCCGGACCCCGACGCAGACAACAAAAAGGCCACGACCCUGUUCCGGAGGGUCAAUGUUUUGACGUACGAGCCCUGGCAUGAUCCCGUCAACUUCUGCAAGAAUGGCCUCGUCAACGGCUCGUGUCCCUUGGCUCCCGUCUUCGACUUCGACAAUGCCUCUCUCCCCGACGGCCUGCCCUCGGUAAACUUGAGUCACGACUUCUUCUCGUCGUACUCCCUGUCCUCCUUUGCCGCCACCAUGCUCAUCAUCUACGGCGACGCAAAGGCGACCAACAUUGGCUGCAUGUCGGCCACCAUCACCCCGGAUCUGGGCGGCACCGUCUGGGUGCCCAAGUUUCUGCCGCUCAUUGUGCUCCUUUUCCUGGGCUUUGCCGUCGUCUUUGCCGGCGUCUUCAGCCCCUGGGGCACCACAAACAUCUUCCACUGGACCUCCAACUAUGGGCGAGACACCGACCUCGUGCGCCUCGUCACCCCCGGCUUCGGGGACUGCCUGCAGUACAUCCAGUUCGUCGUCCUCACCGGCGGCCUGUCCCUCAGCUACCCCGGCUUCUACCAGCCCGUCGUGAGCCAGGCAGGCUGGUCCACGCUCAUGUUCAACCAGAGCCUCGUCACCGACGCGCCCGCCUGGCAUAGCCUCGUCGACGGCAUCUACGUCACCAACAGCACAGAGGGCUACGGCCUGCACCAGCUCGGUCAGCUCGUGGGUAUGGCCCAGAGCACCGACCUCUGGCCCGGCAUGAUGGUCUGGCUCUGUGUCAUCGUCGUCUGCACCUUUUUCCUAGUCCAGGGCUGCUUCCUCGUCCAGUGGCUGUGGCGUAAGAUCAACAACAUCUCCGAGGAGGACCUGCGCGCCAAGAACAUUCCCUUUAGCAUCGGCAACGUUGUUCGCAUCGUCUUCAACUACAUGCUCAUGCCCGUCGUGGCGCUCUCGACGUUCCACCUCGUCGUUGCCCGCGACUCUCCCCCGUAUACCGUUGCCCUGGCCGUCCUGACCCUGGUGCUGCUCAUGGUCGCUGCCACUUGGAUCCUCAUUCUCGUCAUCAAGACUCGGCCUAAAUCGGUUCUCUUCGACGACCUGCCCACCGUCCUCCGAUUCGGGCCCCUCUACAACACAUACUCGGAUGAGGUGGCUGCCUUUGCCCUGAUACCCGUGCUGCUCAACUUUAUCCGCGGCAUCGCCAUCGGAGCCGUCCAGCCCAGCGGGGUCGCCCAGGUGGUGCUGCUCGCCAUAUGCGAGGUCAUCCAAAUCUUCACCCUGCACGCCUUUCGCCCAUUCCACCCCUCGACCUCGAUGAACGCCUACCACACCCUCUUCUCCUUCCUGCGAGCCAUCACCAUCCUGCUCAUGGUUGCCUUUGUCCCGAGCCUCGGCGUCACCGAGGGGCCCAAGGGAUGGAUCGGCUACGCCAUCUUCCUCAUUCACGGCUCUGUGCUGAUCCUCGGCUUCUUCUUGAGCGCCUUGCAGACCAUGGUUGAGGUGAUUGCGCGGAUGCUCGGAGCCGGUGGGGAUGGCGUGACCGGCCUUAGGCGAGGUGGUCUUGCCAAGAUCUUUGGAAUGCGGCAGCUGUCCCGCCGCGAGACGCACCGAGCGGGGCCUAAGCGGGCCAGCCAGCUGUCACAGACGGCCAUUCUGGACAUGGAGGACGGGAGCAGGGCAGGAUACGUGAUGCCAGGCGGCAGGGUGCGCUCGCGCUCGAGUGCUAGUCUCAGGGGCCUGGCCGCGCACCAGCGCCACAGGAGCAGCUCGGCACUCGAUAGCAUCGACAUGUACUCGGGCGGGCACCGCAACAGGGAGACAUCCACCAGCUCGUACGUGCCUGGGACGCCGGGCGAGACGACGGCCUUUUCGUUCCUGGGAUCCGGCGCCAUGCCCCGACACGCGGUCCCUGUUGCCAUGGAGGCCUCUGACCCUUACUAUCGACCCCCCCGUCGGCGAACCGAAUCCUCGAAAGAGCUGUCCGUCUCGGACUUGCCCCGGGGCUCAGUCGAUCCGAAGCAGGUCGCUCAAGCCAGCGGUCCGGCCGGCGAACCGGCAGAGGCGGGCGAGGAGAUAACUCGGGGCGCCACUCCAGCGCCGCCCAACGCGACCAUGAAUCUCCCGCCCAACCGCCCCGACUACGCCACGCGAGAGGUCGACUUCUACUACGGCGUCCGGGGGCCUGCCCUUAACUCGGAGGGACCAGGCCGGAAGCUGGGUACGGGGCCGGCCGAUCCCACGGGACCUGUGGCGACGGCGACGGGCUGGUUCCGGAGCAUGUUCAAGAAUAAGACAAAGGAAAAGGGCAAGGGCUUCGAGGUCGUGAGAAGUUCGAGAAUGCCCCCGGCCAUGGUGCGGAACGGGGGAUUCGGCGAUGAGACGCCACCAGAGGGCAUCCCUGUCGCGAUGGGAGUCUUGCGGAACGGACCGAUUGAUUCCGACGAUGACGACGACGACAAGCUUCGGGCGAAGCGCUCUGUCAAGCGUCGGCCUGACGAGCUGUUGACUGACACGGGAGAUCCUCACACGUCCGGCUCAGAGCCGGCGAGCCCCGUGGACGGCCGACCAGGUCAGGAGUCGAACGAGCCUGCGGCUGGUGUGGCACGGAUCGGCUUCCUCGAUGCCGACCUGGGCCUGCCGGCCAUACCGCGGAAGAGCUCCAAGAGAAACUCUGCCGCGGGCUCGAUGGACAACCGGCCACUGUCGUCGCUCAGCCUCCUGGAAUCCGUCUCGGGUGUACCGUCGGAUCGGGGUACCCUGGAUGGCGGGUCUACGCGGGAGCACCACCCAAACUUGGGCAACUCGUCGCCUCUGCCCUUUGAGCGCACGGGCUCGUCGCGCCGCUUGUCGUCCAAGUCGUCCAUUGAGUCUCCACGCGAGCUUACAGAGGUUGAACUGCAGGAGAAGCCAGGCGAGCGGCCCGCAAGCUUCGGCACGGUCCCGCAACACGGCAUCAGCCGGGUCGACCCUGAUCACCCGCCUACCGACUUGCUAGAAAGCUCGGCAGAGUUGGUGAAUGACGGAUCCGUUGGCAAGCGAUCAUGA